AUGUCUUCCACCUCCCACCUUCGCAGUCUGAACAUUAACAACAUUAACCCCCACGUCAAGGAAGCCAAGUAUGCAGUAAGAGGAGAGCUUGCUGUUCGGUCGGAGGAGUACAGAGCGAAGCUUGCAAAAGGCAACGCUGGCCUCCCAUUCGAAAAAAUCAUCUCUGCGAACAUUGGAAACCCCCAGCAAUUGGAUCAGAAGCCGAUAACAUUCUUCCGCCAGGUAUUGAGCUUGCUUGAGUACCCGCCGUUGUUGGAACAUGAGGAUGUUCUGUUGAACCAAUUGGGAUACAAGAGUGAUGUUCUUGAGAGGGCGAGGUGGCUGCUAAAGACUAUUGGAUCUGUUGGUGCAUACAGUGCCAGUCCUGGCGCAGUGGGAAUCAAGGAUAGCGUUGCAAGGUUCAUUGAAGAACGAGAUGGCCACCCGUCCGACCCCAAAGAUAUCUACCUCUCUGCUGGCGCCUCUUCUGGGGUCAAUACCCUCUUGCACGUUAUCUGCUCCUCACCAAACACUGGCGUGCUUGUCCCUAUUCCACAAUACCCACUCUACACCGCCUCCCUCGCAGUUCUCGACGCAAAAUGCGUCCCCUACUACCUCGACGAGUCGAAAGGCUGGGGAACAGAUCUCGAAGCCAUCAAGACGGCGUACAAGAAAGCUGUAGCAGAAGGAACAGACGUCCGAGCAAUCGUCAUAAUCAACCCCGGAAACCCAACCGGUGCAAGUCUCGCCGAGGAAGAUGUCAAGGCCGUCAUCGAGUUUGCAGCUCAAGAGAAGCUCGUAGUCAUGGCCGAUGAAGUCUACCAAACCAACGUCUUCAUCGGAAAAUUCCACAGCUUCAAGGGCGUCCUGCGGAAUCUGCAAAAGGAAGAUCCUGAGAAGUACAAGUACGUCGAACUUGCGUCGCUGCACAGUGUAUCGAAAGGCAUGGUUGGCGAGUGCGGACACCGAGGUGGAUAUUUUGAGCUAGUUGGCUUUGACCCAGAAGUCGUGGAGCAGAUCUACAAGUUCGUGUCGAUCAGCCUUUGCGCUCCUGUUAUUGGACAAUGUUUGGUAGAGCUGAUGGUCAACCCACCAAAGGAAGGUCAGCCUAGCUACCCGCUUUACAAGCAGGAAUGGGAUGGCAUUUUCAGCGGUCUGAAGAAGAGAGCUACUGCUCUUUAUGAAGCUUUUCAGGAGAUGGAGGGUGUGGAGUGCCAGGUUCCCCAGGGCUCCAUGUACCUCUUCCCCACCAUCAACCUCCCUGCAAAGGCCGUCGAAGCAGCCAAGAAAGAAGGCCGCUCCCCCGACGAAUUCUACGCCUUCCGCCUCCUGGACGCCACCGGAGUGUGCGUCGUCCCCGGCGCUGGUUUCGGCCAGAAGGAAAACACUCUGCAUUUCAGAACCACGUUCCUCGCUCCAGGUACCGAGUGGGUGGGUAGAAUCACGAAGUUCCACAAGGAUUUUAUGGAGGAGUUUAGAUGA